CAGCACCACAUGGUAAGCCAUCCGUAGCCCCAACUUCCCAGUCCGCCGUUGAGGUAGAGGACGUUUUUCGUUCGUUGCUGUUUGCACCUUUCCUCCUGUCCCAUUCCAUAUCAACAUUGCUCUCUACAAUGGCUUCACUCUCUCGCACCCUCAGACCCCUCGCCCGUGCUGCAGUUUCCGCGACGCCACGCACUCAGCAGACUCGUGCAACACUGCAAAAUGUAUCACAAGCGUCAAGAAGAUGUCUUUCUGGCACCGCGUCGCGACGGUAUGACACGGACAACAUCACUACGCAUGGCGACCCAUAUGAUCUCAGUACAAUGCACCCAACGCCCAUCUUCCACUUCACCGAAACCGAGCAGGCACUAGCCGACGCAGUCUCCAAGUUCGCAAACGAGGACCUGUUGCCAAAGGUACGGGAGAUGGAUGAGAACGAAAAGAUGGACCCUGCCAUCGUCGAGCAACUGUUCGAGCAAGGCUUCAUGGGCAUUGAGAUCCCGGAGAAGUAUGGUGGAGCAGGCAUGAACUUCACAGCCGCCAUCGUAGGCAUCGAGGAGCUUGCGAGGGUAGACCCGAGUGUGAGCGUUCUGGUGGACGUACACAACACACUCGUCAACACCGUCCUGCUGAAGUACGGCACGGAGGAGUCGAGAGCGAAGUGGCUACCGAAGCUUGCAACGAACACCGUGGGAUCCUUCUGCCUUUCAGAGCCAGCGUCAGGGUCAGACGCUUUUGCGCUGAAGACAAGAGCGGAGAAGACCGCAGACGGGUAUAAGAUCAACGGCAGCAAAAUGUGGAUCACGAACUCCAUGGAAGCCGGCUUCUUUAUCGUCUUUGCCAACCUCUUCCCGGAGAAAGGCUACAAGGGCAUCACAGCCUUCAUCGUGGACAAGGAGAUGAAGGGCUUCAGCAUCGCAAAGAAGGAGAAGAAACUCGGUAUCCGAGCAUCCAGCACAUGCGUGGUCAACUUCGACGACGUUGAGAUUCCGAAGGGCAACCUGCUCGGUGAGGAAGGUCAGGGCUACAAAUACGCCAUCGGCAUCUUGAAUGAAGGCCGGAUAGGCAUCGCGGCGCAAAUGACCGGCCUUGCACUUGGAGCUUUUGACAACGCGGCCCGCUACGUCUGGAACGACCGCAAGCAGUUUGGUUCGCUCGUGGGAGAGUUCCAGGGCAUGCAGCAUCAGCUUGCGCAAGCAUACACCGAGAUAUCGGCGGCGCGAGCGCUGGUGUACAAUGCUGCGCGGAAGAAGGAGGCGGGGCUAGACUUUGUGAGGGACGCUGCGAUGGCGAAGCUGUUCUCAAGUCAAGUUGCGCAAAGGGUGAGUGGUAGCGCAAUCGAGUGGAUGGGUGGGAUGGGCUUUGUUCGGGAAGGGCUGGCGGAGAAGUAUUGGCGAGAUAGCAAGAUUGGUGCUAUCUAUGAAGGUACGAGCAAUAUUCAAUUGACGACUAUUGCGCGGUUAUUGCAGAAGGAGUACACUGUAUGAACGGGCUAUGCUGGGCAGUCGGCGGCGCAUAGGGGAUAUAGCAGCGGCGUCUUGGUGUUGGAAAUGGUCUUGUAAAGUCUUGCAAACUGUGAAAGCAUGAUGCAUUUCACCUCUCAUCCUUAGUUGCGCAUCGACCAAGUUGUGCAAUAGCACGUGUACUCGAAUAUGUAUGUGGUUGUGGUGACGCGAACCUCGAGCGU